ACAAUACUGAAUGAACACUUAUUUUAACUUAAUAUAAUACAACAAUAAAAUCAUUGCUCCUUUAUCCCAUUCUCCAUAUCGGUCAAGCGACAUGUAUUAACUACUCUUGCAUUUUUUUGCCUAAGAUAUUGAUUAUCAAUGUCCAAUGGGAUGCCAGCACCUUUUACCGGUGCCCUGCUCCGAAAAUCAAAGUUGUCCACUUCAUGCAUCAUUAAUGUUGUUAGCCACAAUGCACGUUCCUUUUGCUCUUUAGACACACGCAAUAUCAACAUCAUACCACUCCUGGUUACUUAGACUGCAUCCGCUUUUCCCAGAGCCUUCUUCAGCACCCUUGUGAUAUCAAAAGGGUUUCCUAAAUAAAUAUCUGAUCCAGAAAACGUACUCCAACAACCAGUGAUUCAUCAGGCUAAUUUCCCACAACAAUUUGAGCCCUUUUUGUUCCUUUCUUGGACUUCACUGUUGUCCACUCAUAUUUCUCACUGACAGUACUUUACGCGCUUUCAGCUUCAAACAACACUUCUGCUUCCGCCACCUCAACCUCCGUCUGUCCUACUUCCGGUUCCUGUUCCCGCCACAUAACACGCAAAACAAAAAAAGACAGAACAACCAAAGGGAUUCCACAAAGAAAUAACAAAGAGGAAAAAUAAAUAAAAACAAAUCCACAUUAUAUCAAAUUAAAUACAGAAAUGUAGCGAAUAGAAUUUUUGAGACAUUUUGUUUUGCAUACGUUUUAAUGAUUCUAAAUAAUUGUCCAAAUCGUGGUUUUUUUUAAAGGGCCUUUUCUUCAUAGAUUUUUAUUUGUGAAUGAACAGUUUUCCCACAAAAUAAAGAGAUUUAUGACAUAAUGACGUUCAAUUGUGUAAUCAGUGUAGUGAAAUAAUAUGUCAAACUUGUAUGCAUUUUGCUACCAAAAUAUCGUUUCACAUCAGUCCAGAACACCUCGUUAUGUAAACAAUUGCAAAAUAAGUGUUCAGAUUCAGUUUGUAGUUCACAAAAACUGCAUUCACUGGCAACAUCGAGUAUAUACAUUAUUUAGAAAUCAAGCUAUUAUACAGGUAGAUUCUAUGGAUAAUCUUACAUUUAUGGUCACCAUAAAUGUAUGUUGAGUGGUGAGCCAUCAAACGAUGUUACCAUCAAACGAUGAAGGCCAACAGAAUAUAGCAGAAGGAAUAGAAUUUCCGUAGAAAAUAUCCCUUAAUAACCGAUUAUUGAAUUUCUUAUCUAGUAAACCUAUGCCAUUCACCGGGAUAUCGCUUACAAUAGGAGAUUUUCCAGAACAUGCUUUAUUCUGUAGUAAAGAUUUUAUCCCACUAGGUAUAGCUGUUUCUUUCAAUUAAUGCUCUCUGUGUUAACAUAUUCCCACUAAUACUAACUACUUAGCUGACUAGGACAAUGUUUUGGUAUCGCCCCAUUAUUCCAUAUAAAACAUUUAUGAGGUGAAAAAGUUGUGUUUGUACCACAAAGCCCAGCACAUUAAAAGACUGCUUGUGAAAAAACGCCAAUUUCACAGGACCACAGUUGCUGCAAUUAACCAUCAGCAGCUACACGUCUGCGUGGUAACGCCUGAGCUAACUGCGCCUGCGCUGCCCGGAAAUGCGGAAGAUGACUUGUCACUGUUGUUGAAGCUGUCAGGCACGUGAGCUGCACUGUGCAACGUCGUCUUGAGUGCAAGCAGGCGAUAUGGCGGCUGAUACUCCUCCCAAGGUUUUAUUUGAACAUGAAGGUGUUUUCAUACACUCGAACGAAGACGGCGAAGAGCCAGAUCUCCUUGUUUCUGGAUUCCUACGGCUCAUUGAUAAGGAUGGUGAAACUAUCGUGGAAUACAAACCUUUGGAGGACACUGUUGAUCCUUCCAACAUGUUGUGUGCUGGCAAGGAUUCCAGCUCGGUGAUGGAGUGGGCCCAGUGUCCCGGGGAGGAGAGGUCGACUCCUCAGCAGGCGGUGGUAGAGCAGCAGCAGAGCUACGAGACUGAUUGGGACAUGAUCAACGCAGUCUCCUUUCCUAAGAGGAAACCCUGCUCCAACGGAGAGGGUGCAUUGAACCACACGCAUGAGAAAAGCAAGUGGGCCUUCACCUUCAGUGUGUGGGACCUGAGGUCUAUCACAGUGAAGGAGGAGGGCUCGUCCCGCCUGAUGUUCAGACUGAAGGAGCCCCCCACCUCCCUGCCAGUUCUCCACUUCCACCAAGGGGGUAGUGAAGACUUCCUGGACUGCUUGAGGAGAUAUGCGUUGAUCACUGAGGCCCCGGAUGAUGAGACCUGCCUGCUGGUCAGCACUCCCAACAGAGCUCUGUCUCAGUCCUUCGAGAACCUUCUGGAUGACAACAACUACGGCCUUGUUACUAAGCUCAAGAAUGAUCCGUACGUGACGACCCUGGGGGGCUUCUCCAAGGUCACCAACUACAUCUUCGAUGCGUUCCGUGGCCCAGAGCUGGAGCAGCAGCAGCGUCCCCCGGAGGAGAUGGCUGACCUGGACAUCCUGGGACUGGGAGAGGUCAUCCCUGGCCUGGAGAUCAACCAGCAGGAGGAGCCGGGCUUCGAGGUCAUCACCAGGAUCGACCUGGGAGCAAGGCCAGAGGUGACGAGGAGGCAGCCACUGUCUGCAGAGGACUGGGCUGAGCACCAGGAGAAGGGAGGAAGGAUGAAAAAUGUCCCUCACCUCAAGAAAAUAAUAUUCAAAGGGGGCUUGUGCCAUGCGGUGAGGAAAGAGGCCUGGAAGUUUCUGCUGGGGUAUUACCCCUGGGACAGCACCUACGAGGAGAGGAAAGGCCUACAGAGGAGGAAAACGGAUGAGUACUUCAGGAUGAAGCUCCAGUGGAAGUCGGUGAGUGAGGAGCAGGAGAGGAAGAACUCCAGGUUAAGAGACUUCAGGAGCCUGAUAGAGAAGGAUGUGAACAGAACAGACCGAACCAACAGGUUUUAUGAGGGCAUAGACAACCCAGGCCUGGUGUUACUCCACGACAUCCUGAUGACGUAUUGCAUGUAUGAUUUUGAUCUGGGGUAUGUCCAGGGAAUGAGUGACCUCCUCUCCCCGAUCCUCUAUGUGAUGGAGAAUGAGGUGGAUGCCUUCUGGUGUUUUGUCUCCUUCAUGGAUCAUAUGCACCAGAACUUUGAGGAGCAGAUGCAGGGCAUGAAGACACAACUGAUCCAGCUCAGUACUCUGUUGAGGCUGCUGGACCUGGCCUUCUGGAACUACCUUGAGUCGCAGGAUUCAGGUUACAUGUAUUUCUGUUUCCGGUGGUUACUGAUCCGCUUCAAGAGGGAGCUCAGUUAUCCAGAUGUUCUUCGUAUGUGGGAGGUCAUGUGGACUGGCUUGCCUUGCCAAAACUUCCAUUUGCUGGUGUGCUGUGCCAUCCUAGACUCAGAGAAACGGAAAAUAAUGGAGGAAAACUUUGGCUUCAAUGAGAUACUCAAGCACAUCAAUGAACUCUCAAUGAAACUGGACAUUGAAGAAAUCCUUCACAAAUCAGAGGCUAUUUGUAUGCAGAUCAGAAGUUGUAAGGAUUUGCCUCAUUCAAUAAUUGAGAUCCUGGGAUUCAACACAGAAAGCGAACUUCCCAGAUUAGAAGGGCGGGAGUUUGGGACUCUUGAUUCUCCUCAGUCCCCCAGACCCACACAGAGACAGGAGGUCUUCUCUAAUGGUCACAAUGGACAUUACAGAGAACCCCUUCAAAACGGCUGCAAGGUCACUUUCAUAUCAUAGUGAACAAUAUCAUUCACACAGAGACUUUGCGAUGUCCACAUACCAGAAUGAGUAUUUUGGAUUCAGUUAUUGGAUAAUUUGUUAACUGAAGCAAGCUUAUCAAAGCCCUUAUAUGAAGAGAAAAUAAUGUAAAAAGGAUUUAAAGUUAUUAUUUUUGUAAUUUCUUGUACCAUAUUGUCUUUCAUUUAAAUAAGUCAUUCCUCCUUGCUAAGGUUUUUUUUGUAAAGACUGGCAAGGUGAGUUUAAUUUGUAAAGUAAUAAUAUGCUGUUUUUAUUUCAGCUAUAACCUUUUCCUGAAUCACGGACACAAGUAUUAAUUGUUUGUUUGAUUGAUUUAUGUUUUAAAAACAAACAAUUACUUUUAUCAAGAUCAAGCCAGAUAUCAAUUUGGUAGUAAAUGACAAAAGUGCUGUAAAAUGUUUUGUCUUAAUGCUCUGUCACAAUAAUACCCUUUUCAAAUUGAAAAUGUGAAGAAGAAAGCUCAAACAUCUCCCUGAAUAAAAAUUUAAAAAUAAAGCCUUUAAUGAUGUA